UCGCAACAUCAUCGAUGGCGUCGACAUCACUAUUUCCUUUCCCUUACCUAGUCCGUUUUUGACAAGAGCGAUUCUUUUUUUUUCUGUGUUGAUUGCAGCAAGACCAACAUAAUGAAGCUCAACGUUUCCUUUCCCGCAACGGGAUGCCAAAAGCUGUUCGAAGUUGUCGAUGAGCACAAACUGCGUGUGUUCUACGAGAAGCGUAUGGGCCAAAUUGUGGAGGCCGAUAUUCUGGGCGAUGAAUGGAAGGGUUACCAGCUGCGCAUCUCUGGCGGCAACGACAAGCAGGGCUUCCCCAUGAAGCAGGGUGUGCUGACCCACGGUCGUGUGCGUCUGCUCCUGAAGAAGGGACACUCCUGCUAUCGUCCACGUCGCACCGGUGAGCGCAAGCGUAAAUCCGUGCGUGGCUGCAUUGUGGAUGCCAACAUGUCCGUGCUGGCACUCGUGGUCAUCAAGAGGGGCGAGCAGGAUAUUGCCGGUCUCACCGACAAGACAGUUCCACGUCGUUUGGGUCCCAAGCGUGCCAGCAAGAUCCGCAAGCUGUUCAACUUGACCAAGGAGGAUGAUGUGCGUCGCUUUGUUGUGCGUCGCCCCUUGCCCGCCAAGGACAACAAGAAGGCCACCUCCAAGGCACCCAAAAUCCAGCGUCUCAUCACUCCCGUAGUGCUGCAGCGCAAACACAGACGCAUUGCCCUCAAGAAGAAGCGUCAAACGGCAUCCAAGGAGGCUGCUGCCGACUAUGCCAAGCUGUUGGUGCAGCGCAAGAAGGAGUCGAAGGCCAAGCGUGAGGAGGCCAAGCGUCGUCGCUCUGCCUCCAUCCGUGAAUCCAAGAGCUCCGUUUCAAGUGACAAGAAGUAAAUGUGUAAAUUGAAAACUGAAAAUGUGGUCGAAAACAUCUUUUAACAUCUGACCACACAAACGUAUAAGUAACAAAUUUGUAGCCAUUUGUUAAUAAAUGUGAAUGGUAAAGAAAAACAA